AGUCUCCCUUCAAAGAUGGCUCCAUGCAGGAAGAUGUUUUAUUUUGUCAUUGCUUUGUUCUUUGUUUUGGCUCAGUUUCCAUCAGGGUGCCGAGCGGGUCUUGAUUAUUACAAGUCACUUCCUGGAGGUGAGUUUGCCGUUUGUGAGACCUGCAGGCUUGGUCGUGGCAAAUGCAGGAAGAUUUGCCUGGAGAGUGAGAAGAUUUAUGGAAACUGCAGAUUGAACUUUUUCUGUUGCCGACCCAAGAUCUUGAGAUAG